CCUCCAGCCUUUUACUCCCAAGCAACUUCAAAGUCAGCCUUCUUCUCUUCACUCUUUCGCUUGUUCAACCGUUCAUUCAUUAAUCAUCUUCGAUUCUUAACCGACACCAUGCUUUGGUCAGUCCCUGUUGCGCUGGCUCUCGCCUCCGGGGCCAAUGCCCACGUUGCCGCCUUCGUCAAGGGCAUGUACUGCGAGGGUGGCCCGGAUCCUAGCAACUACAACUCAAACUCCAACACUCCUGUCAACCCUCUCUGGGACCUCCCGUUCGAGCAGUGGUGGAUGCAAGCCGACCGUGGCUGCGACAAGGCACCUCCUCCCGGCAAUGCCUCCGUUGAGCUGCCUGCAGGUGGCUCUUUCACUGUUGAGCUUGCCCACAACCAAGCCCAGACCACCCUGUCCUUCAACGGACAGUUUGCUGGAGAGUGGCCCGAUGGACAGGACCACCCCGAGAACUGGUCUGGCCCUGGCAACCCUCCUGACUGCAUUCAGGAUGAUGGUGCUAUGCACACCCAGAACCAGACUAUGGCUGCCGGCAGUGCUUGGGCCAUCUCUUACAACUCCGACAUCUCCCAGGUCAACAUGGAGAACCUCGUAGUUUUCUCUGUUCUUGAGCACACUCCUUGGAAGCGUAUUGCUACCUACGAGGUCCCUCAGGAUCUCCCUGAGUGCCCCGAGGGCGGUUGCUACUGCGCCUGGCUCUGGGUCCCCAACGGCUGUGGCCAGCCCAACAUGUACAUGGCCAACUACCGAUGCCAUGUCACCGGCACAAGCUCCACCAAGAAGGUUGCCCAGGCUCAGGUCCCCGUUUACUGCGGAAAUGACUCAUCCAAGUGCCUGUCCGGUGCUAAGCAGAUGAUUGCCUGGAACCAGGCUUCUGGUAACAACGUCCAGGUUCCCAACGGUGCUUCUCCCGCCUAUGGCACCAACAUGGGUUGGACUCCUGGUGCCCAGAACGACAUCUUCCAGUAAGGUUCGAACAAUGGCUUGCUCUACCAUCGUCGAUAGGGCGGUCAUUGGGGGUACUGCUACUAGCAGCUAUUGUCCUCAGAUGAUAUUGGAAACUUCUUUUCCCACCAUUCUUGUCAAUACUAUAUUCUCUGCACUAUAUGUUAUAUUUCAGUAUAUAAAAGGAUGAUCGUUUAUUGUUUAUAACUUGGCUCCAGCCAUGGCUUGCGCGAAAGUGUGUAUGCCACUCAGAUAGCAUGUGAUAUCUCAAUUGAUUGCACGUAUAUCACCAAUUUUGUUAAUCAUAGCUAAGAUCGAUUCUCUGUAUCUAACCAAAUUUUCAAGCCAAUAGCCGUCUCUGUAGGUAGUAGAAAAAUGAAUCAUUGAUAGAAAAAUAACUACGCC